AUGAGGGACUAUUUAAUAGCGGUCAACCCCACACUUUGGGAUGUUGUUGAAGUAGGUAUAACCUUUUCGCGUGAAGAUGCUACUCUUACACAAGACCAAGGAAUUGAUAUUCAAUGCAACUAUCAAGCUUUGCAUCUUAUCAAGAGCUCAUUGUGUGCCGAAGAAUUUGAUAAGAUUGAUGGGUUGCAAUCCACCAAGGAAGUAUGGGACACUCUCUUCAUCAGCCAUCAAGGAACAAGAAGGGUUAGAGAAGGAAGGAUAAGAGCAUUGGAAAGUGAACUCAACCGCUUCAUCAUUAGGGAAAAUGAGACAUCACAAGAGAUGUACAAUAGAUUGAACAAGAUCAUCAACAAGAUAAAAUCUCUUGGAAGUGAUAAGUGGGGAAGAAGAGAGGUAGUUGACAAGAUUCUCUCGUUCUACAUGUCUAGAGAUGUUCAACUCUCUAUCUUGAUUAGGGAGAAGAGAGGGUUCAAGAAGUUCACUCUGAAGGAUAUGAUUGGAAGAAUUGAAGAACAUCUUAUCACUAUCAAGGAAUCCAAGCUAUCCCAAGAAAUGUUCAAGAUUCAUGAGCAAUUAGAAAAGAACAAUGGGGUAGCUCUCAAGGCAAGCAACAAGAACAAAGAGAAGGGAGCAAGCACAUCAUCCAAGGCAACUAUCAAGGAGGAUAGUGAUGAUAGUGAUAGUGAGAGUAUGGAUGAGGAAGAGAUAGCCUUGUUCAUGAGAAGAAUAAAUAAGGUGAUGAAAAGGGGUGGGUUCUUUGACAAGAACAAAGAUAAGAACAAAACCAAGAGGAAGUCAAAGAGGCCAUGCUUUGGAUGCGGCAAGGAGGGUCAUUUCAUUGCAAAUUGCCCGGAAGUCAAGAUGAAGAAAAAUAACUCAUCCAAGUUUGACAAGAGCAAGUACAAGAAGAAUGUUGAUCUCACCGAUGAUGAAGAUGACUUCACUCAUACUUGCUUCAUGGCUAGAGAACCUAAGGAUAGGGAUGAGACUCUUAAGGUGCAAGAAGAGUUAUUUAGAUUUGAGCGAGAGAAAACCAUUGCUCUUGAGAAUUCCCUUGAAAAUGAAAAGAAGGGUUUCAAGAUGCAAGAGGACUUGCUUAAGACUAAAAAUGACACAACUCUUAGCCUUGAGAAAUCUCUUGCUAAAGAGAAGAUAAAGUGGAAGAAUUAA